AUGGAAAAUAUUUUCAGGGGAUUAGGCUCAGAUACCGGUGGAUCAACGCGUAAUCCAGCCGCCUUUACGGGCUCAUUUGGUUUCAAACCAUCCUAUGGGGUUUUAUCUCGUUAUGGUCUCAUACCGCUAGUGAAUUCGCUGGAUUGUCCGUCGAUUAUUGCAAACAAUGUGAUCGAUUGUAAUCGUUUCUUCAGUAAGUUAUCAGCCAUACAGUGA